UUGGGCGAUGGCCACGAUGGUCACGCCGCCGAUGGAGGAACCUCCCGAGAGACACGGCACAGCAGCAGCACCCGAGAGACUUCACAGCAGCCACAACACAGCAGCACCCGAGACAACACACGAGAAACCAGCAGGAGCUCAGCAGCAGAGCAGACAAGUGGGCCCGCACCGGAAAGCGGGUCGAUAACAUGCAGGCAUGGCGAUUUGUUGCCACCCUCGCCCUGCUGGUUGGUCUCUUUGGAGCCUUAGACCUCUCCUUGCUGAAGACACGACAGUCCAGGCCGGCAACGUUGUGUUUUCGGCAACCCAGAGGCCCCGGUGCUGUGUGCCUCGCCAGACCACGCUAGCAGAAUCCGACCCCAGUUCCUGAGCCCUUUCCUUGGCCCGGAGCCCUGGCUGCCAGCAUGUGUCGGUAGGGCAACAGCAAACAUCGUGGCAACAACAAGACGACCGCGUCCAGCUUCCCGAAGGCCCUGCAAAACCUCUUGGAGGAUCCUUCGAUUGCAAAGGUCGGCGUCAACAUCAAUUCGGACACGACGUAUCUAGAGCGGGACUACGGGGUCGAAGUGGCGAACACGGUGGACUUGCGAACUUUCGCAAGACAGAGCUGGGUGGAGACCCCGUGUCGUUCACUGGCGGGUUUGACGUCUCACUUGCUUGGGAGACAGUUGCCCAAGGAUCCGGUCGUCCGCUUGUCUCGCUGGAGUGCUCCCCUCGCUGACAAGCAGGUGCAGUAUGCCUGCUUGGAUGCUUACGCGUCCGUUCUUGUUUAUCAGGAGGUGGCGAAGUUCCAGGAUCCUAUUCUUUCCCCUCCUCCGGUGGAGCUGCAACCCGGAACAAAGGUACGACUCUACAGCAAAAACCAUGCCAGCUGUGUUGGUGUUGGAGAGGUACAGGACGAUGAAAUCGCUGCCGAAGCCUUGGAUCGCUGGCGCCCUUCCGCACGGAGAAAAGGGCGUCUGACGCAAGUGGUUGUCAUGCUGAGCGGGGUGUUCAAGCCUGCGGCGUACAUCCCACACAAAGGUGCACCACGUGCGGCCUCGGGUGUGGGUCGCGUGACGAUGAAAGACGCGAACAGUGACAAAGGUGACCGACUUGUGCUUUGGGACAUCGCCCAUGUUCGUCUCGUGAGCGACUGGAAACCACUUCCUGCGGCAGCAGCACCUUCAGCGAAUGCGAAUGAUAGUGCAGCUUACGACGACAACGACCAGUUCUACGCUUCCAAGAGACCUCCGCACGUGGUGCACUCACAAGAUGAUGAAGACCCGGACGACGGCGAUGAGGACGAAUACGAUGGUCAUGACUGCGGCGACAUCGGUAGUUCCGGCGGCGGCGAUCACUGGGUCGGGGCAGGGGGCGAGGCCGGGGGUGCGGGGGGCGGACCAGGCGGUGGGGGAGGCGGAGUCGGGAGCGGGGGAGGUGGAGCCGGGAGCGGGGGAGGCGGAGCCGGGAGCGGCGGUGAUGUCGACAUGGAUUACUGGGUAGGUAACGGGGAGUCUGCGCUGAAGGUUCGCCUGGAUAUCUUCCACGCACUCCAACGCGUUUCAAAGCUGUGCAAGAAGAGCCACGGCGCCUUCAAGCCCUUCAUGGCUCGACUGAGAGAUGCUUGCUUCAUUGUCAACCUGGAUGACAUCAAAGAGGCAAGUGCUGUAGAGCAGGCCCUUGCCGGCAAGGGAAUGACACCAGAAGCCGUUGUUGAGUACAAGGACAAGAACUGGACGUUCUUCGUUCGGAAUUGUCGGCGGCUGGUGCCGGAGCAGAAACGAUUGCUCGAGCGCUUCAAUUUGGUGAUUCGUCAGUUCCAGGACGUAGUCGAUGCGAAAUCUGGAGAAACACUUCUUCGGCCGUGUGCGAGGCAGGCCGUCGAACUGCUCCGCAAGCAUAUCGAAAGUGGCUGCCUGAGCGACCCUGAACGUGUGCCAUUGUACUACACUUCGGGGAAAAAUUCAGCGGGGAUCACGACUCGUCGAUGCGUUCGAGGCACCAACUGCACCGAGGGUUAUCAUCGCUACGUUCGCAGGCUGCUCUCAACUUACUGCGCGUCUCCUUCGCUGGCUCACUCCGUUCUUCUCGAGUUCAACUACCGUUGGAAUGUUAGGAUGGCUGUGAAGAACCGCGGCCUACCAAGGGAGGUUGGGGAGUUCUUCGAUCAAUUCGAGAUUGAGAUAAUUCAACGAGAGACUGCUAGCUGGUACCCAGACAGCCCCUUGUUUCCUGAAUGGGUCUCUGCGCUUGACGCAGCAGACACUGGUGAGCAGAGCGGCCUUUCUGAGAGCCUGUGGGGGCCUGCCAGUGGUGGGGACGUACCGAGCGAGCCUAGCGAUCUUGUUGACGAGCAAGGGUUGGCCCAAAACGCCGUACCAAUGCCAAAGCUCACGCAUUCUGCGAAGAAGUACGCCCAAAUGAUGCAUGCCGGCAUGCCGGUCACGCCCGUUCAUACUGGAGCAGAGAAACGGAAAUAUGCGAGCGAGCUGAACAGCCAACUAUGCCGGGGCAGCCAAAGGGGAAGAAUCAGAACUACCAAAACAUCAACUUUGAUGCCUGGGCCGUAGCAUGGAACCAGCAUUGUGCCAAGAUCGAGUCUGGUCUUGUGGAGUUUGAAGCAGUGUAUCGUAAAACCUCAGGUCAGCUGCAGUCGUACCACCAAAAGUUCCUUGAACGUGCUAACGCUCAAUUUACGAUGUUGCCUUUGCGCAAUCAGCAUUCAGCGCUGCGUGUGCACCUACAGGAAGGUGAAGAGGGUGCGGCUUUUGGUGAUUUAGUCGGUGUCAGUGUCCCCCUUGCUGUUCCACGGAGUGUGGUCGUUGCAGGAGGGGGUGCUGCGGGUGGGGAAGACUUGAGGGAAGAUGAUUCAGAGAUGGUGGACGUUGGUGAUGACGAUGAGGAUGGCAUUGGUGGUGGCGGCUUUGACGUUGGUGGAGGUGGGAUUGAGGUACAAACCCAAGCAAAGGGGAAGAAACGCAAGGGGCCCCCGCGGGAGCCGCAGAUUUGCACAACUUGCGGCCACCGCAAACAGCAAGGCUCGUACAAGAGCGCGCACGCUCACCCGCGAAACAAGUUGGGGAGCCCGCCUUGCAGUGUGCCACCAGGAGAGCGUCGGCCGGAGAGUGAGAGAACAGGAAGGCUUCAGCGGGGGCAGAAGUUGUUCGGCCGGUAUGAUUGUGCGAAGUGUUGCUCAGCGGAUGGUUGCAAAUAUGGUGCGUGUGUGUUUGGGUUUCGGUAUGGCAUUUAGUACCAGUAGUGAGUAAGUGCACAAUGAAGUGUGUGACGGUAUUGUCUGGGAUAUUUGGGCGAAGUUCCGAACACCAUUUAUUGCGGGUGAUCCCUUGGAAACAACAAUACUUGUAGUU